AUGGAUGAGAAUUUUAUCAAACAGGCCUUCAGCACUAUGGGCGAGACGGCGUAUGGCGUUAAGAUCAUUACCCACAGAGUAACGGGGUAUGUUAAUCACAGACGUGUUUAAUGUAGUGAGUGAUAUCAUGUUUUUAGCUAGCUCUCGAAAACCCUUCUCUCCAUGGGGUUUUCAGCCGAAAAGUUGACGAAACAAAAAGGAGAAUAGAUGAGGUACCACCGUUACACAAUUAGAGCAAGCAGGUAUGAUUUUCUCUUUGGUUUUGAGCCCACAACAAUAAGGCACCAGAGCCUGCAAUGCUAACACGUUCCCACUAGAUAAGAAGUCUGUGAAGAGCAUGAGGUGUGGCUAACGUUAGCCAGCUUGAGCUAGCAUAUUAACUCGGUAGCACAGCUAACGUCGAGAAGUGGUUCAUUGUGGGUAGUUCCGAAGAUAUCCUGAAAUAAGUUCAGAAAUAUAACCAGAUUGUUACUACAGCUAAGUUACUAAGUCUUUGACCACACUGUGUUGUUACUUUGGUGAGUAAAAACUCAUGCUUCCUACCCUUUAAUGUUUAGAGCAAGUGUUGGGGUGCUUAAUAAAAGUCCCCCGGAAAGAAGAUGCCUUCAUCAAUAGGCGCUAAAGGUAGUUAGCGUAUAUGAAUGGGCUAGUGUUUAGCUUUUGUUUCCUUCUUUGAAAGUAGGCCACUGACCAGUUUGUAAUGCACACUGUGUCAUUGUAUAUAGAUCAAGCCACUACAUGCCCAAAUUAGCAUCUGUCAGUGUUCAAAAUACAAUGUAAUAGGACCCCAUCAGCAACAAUAUCUAACCUAAAACAUCACUUGUUCUAGGACCACCUGGUGUAAUUUCAGUGAAGUAAUUGGUUUAAUUACCACAGCGCUGUGAAUUGAUACUGAAAUUCCAAAAUACAGUAUUUGUGGGAAAUUGUGUCCUGUUUCAAAAAUGUGGUUGUAUCACGUUGUUGUCACUAAUACAAUCUCUUGUUCUACAGAGGAUCGGCAGGCUAUUGCUUUGUGGAAAUGGCAGACGAAGCCAGCGUUGACCGAUGCGUUCACAGACUGAAUGGGAAGCUAGUUCCUGGAUCAAAUCCGGUGAGCACUCAUUAUAAGCUUGACAUUUCUAAUAUUCAUAGUUCAUUUAAACAACUUACUGAUGUAUUAGUGGACAACCACCCUCUCGUUUUAGUUUGAUACUUUUUUCAAAAUGUGUUGUGGAUAGCGGAGCUUCACUAGCAUUGGCCCCCACCUUAAUUUGAGGUUGAUGGAACAGAAUAUCUCAAAUUUACAUGACAGCCAAGUUACUGAGCUCCGUUUUCUUCCUGAUGAAGGUGGUUGAGGCUGUUUGUAAAUUUACUUUGUUUGAAGCUGGUGAAUAAACUCUGUUAGGAACUAACUGACGAAUGGGAUAAAGCCUGUACUGGGUGGUGGAGGUAUGUAAACCAAAUAAAAUGUUCUUCUCUAAUAUACUCUUUAUUUUCUAGCAAUAUAUGUCCUUACUAUACGCAUUUGUCUUUGAAGGUGCUUGACUGCUUGUUCUUUCUUCCUGUACAGCCCAGAAAGUUUAAGUUAAACUAUGCAACUUAUGGGAAACGGCCAGAAGCUGGGUAAGCUGUUUAACUUUCUUCCUCAUUUUGAGGCAUGCCUCUGUUGUUGGAACCUGCAGUAACGUGUUUAUUAUGUACACUUCACUGUGAUAUUUUCCACCUACAGAAAAAUAGAUUGUGAAAAAAGAAACCGCUAGACGGUAUGAUGUUGGUAACUUAGCACACCUUAGUAAUCUCUCUCGCUCCGUCCCUCUCAUGCCUCCUCUCAGCCUGGAAUUUUCAGUCUUUGUCGGAGAUCUGUCUUCAGAGGUGGAUGACUACCAACUCCAUCAGUUCUUCCUGAAGAAGUACCCUUCCUGCAAAGGAGGCAAAGUGGUCUCUGAUCAGUACGGUAACUCCAGGUAUGAACACUGAACAGACAUAGUCAUGUUAUUUGGUGAUGCCAGUAAUGCACCACCUGAUUUGAACACAAUUUGAAUGUAAUUUCUGCUUCAGAUGGAUUAAUCUGACGUUUCAUUACAUUUAAAUUCCUUGUAAAAUCGCAUGACAUUUUAACAAUAUAUCUUUGUUUAAUUGGAUUGUGUGUAGACAUAUUUGUGUCUUGCGUAUCUUCACCACUCUUUACCACUGGUAUAUUUUCCCCAAAAUACUGGAAAAGGUUUGUUUCUGACAUUUAUGCUAAAACUAUUGUUUUCCCCAUAUAGGGUAAGCAAGAGCAACUCACAAUUGAAGUGAUGCUACUUCAUAUUAAAAGUAAAACAACAAGUUUCAGUUCUACCAUACCAUUUUUGUUUUCUAAUUAAUUACGUGUUUGAUUAGCAUGAUACGGUGAGCCCGGAGAGAAUGUGUGCUCAGGGUUUUAGCGUUGUGCUUGGUCUCGCAGAGGUUAUGGCUUCAUCAAGUUUGGGGACGAGAACGAACAGAAGAAAGCCAUCGAUGAGUGUCAGAACGCCUCAGGCCUGGGGACUAAACCAAUCAGGAUCAGCAUAGCUGUAAACAAGAGGUAUGGUUCUAUUACCGUGGAAAUUAUACAACAUUAGGUUUGAUUAGUGUCAUGCUGGUCACUCUUGGUUGAAAGUUGAUCUCGUAUGCAUGAUUGUCCUCCUAACUUGACAUCCGCUGAACUUAACAUAAUCCCCCCCCCCCCCCGCCCCCAUGUUUCCUUGCUUUUUAGCCAUAAAAUGAACAGCUAUAACAACCAGAACCAGAACUCCUACCACAACAAUUACCAACAGCCGUACUAUCAACAACCCAACCAGAGCUACUACCCUCAUUGGGGCUAUGACCAGUACAACAGCUACAACUACGGUGGCUACGGUCCCUAUGGGGGGUACCCCCCUCCAGGCCCCCAUGGGAUGAUGGGACCCCCACCUCCCAUUGGCAUGCCUCCCAUGCCCACAGACAUGCAGACUUCCUCCGAGGUAAGGCUUACUGACAAGCUCCUGGGAUCUUUCCCCUCAUAAUUCUCCAUAACUUACCCCUUAAUGUAAUGAUAUGUCCAAAAGGGUUCACAAUUAUUCAUUUCAGUUGUCUUGUUUUUCCCGUUAGCAAACACAGGAGCCCACAGAUGAGCCUGAAGAAGAGGCAGCAGAAGGUAACUCCUCACUAUCCUAUUACAUGUACUAAAGGAAAAUACAAUGUGCUGCAGAUAAGGUCUUUGUUGUACUUCCUUUUAAAUGUAUUGUUACCAUUGCCUGACUGUUGCAUUGACCCUGUAAAACAUUGGUCACCAACCAGUCAAGAUCACUUUCUGAGUCAAAAUGCAAGCCGAGCUCUACCACUCAGAUAAAGCCUAUGCAACAUUAACCAAUUAAAGACAGAUCUGUAGCAAUGAGGUUUGUGCAGUAGGCUAUUUUUUGUUAUUGUUUUUUUAACCUUUAUUUAACUAGGCAAGUCAGUUAAGGACAAAUUCUUAUUUACAAUGAUGGCCUACACCAGCCAAACCCGGACGACGCUGGGCCAAUUGUGCACCGCCCUAUGGGACUCCCAAUCACGGCCGGUUGUGAUACAGCCUGGAAUCGAACCAGGGGGUCUGUAGUGACGCCUCAAGCACUGAGAUGCACUCGGGAGCUAUAGGCGCAAUACAUUAUUACUGCAUAUUGGCUAUGCUUGAAUUGCCCUGCCAAUGUUGUUCUUCUCAGACCAUUUUGAAAUUAUAUUUUAAAAUGUUAGGUAUAUGAUCACACUGGUAAUAAUAAUUGGUCAGUCUGAGGGAAGGGAGCAGCGAUGAGGCUGCCUCUCACCCGACUCACCAGCUCUCCCUCCGCUGAGAAAAGGUGGCAGUCUUCCAGCUGAUGGCAAAAUUCAAGUCGCAUUGCAUUAUUUCUGCCUCAUGCACCAAUUCAUGUUGUUACUCCUAUGACCAGAGAAAGUGAAAUAUUCCUCGAUAUUAAAUGAGACAAACCGCUAAUAAUAAUGCAAGCUUAUUGGAACACUUUGCUAUACUUACUUAUUGCAGCUGCAGGGCUGGUUGUAACGUGAGUGGAAGUAGGGAGAAUGUGCAUUUUAUGGCUUAUAAAAGUGUUGACUGUGCUGAAUAACAACUUAACCAUGAACUUACACAUUCAUUGAGUCUCUCUAGUCAAGCUUUUAAAAGUUUUUUGUUAUAUCUCACGAUAUCAACUUUGCUGUGCGUUCGAGGCUUCUUUUUACAGUCUAUGGCUCGAGGAAACUGUGCAGACACGGUGAUCUGAUUGGCCAGCGGUAGGCCUAUAGGUGUACUUGAUUUGCUCUCUGGGCCUGCCGGGUAGGCGGAGUUCUACUUUCAGACACAUGAAAUGGUUCAAAAUGGGAACACUGCCUUCCUGGCACUAGGGCUGCUGAAUGAAAUGCACCUACCGCCAACAGCGCGAAACAAAUACUAGGACUUUUUUUUUUUUUUACAGAAAUGUUUGGUGAUCGACAAGGAAUGCCUUGGAGACCACUGCUGUGACUAAUGCCUUGGCUUGUUGACUAAUUCUUUAUUCUCUUCCCUGCCAGACCCCAACCCUCAGCUGGAUGUGGAUGCACUGAACACUGAAUACAUGGAAAGGAGUGAGGAGCUCUACGAUUCACUCAUGAACUGUCACUGGCAGCCACUGGAUACCAUCACUUCAAAAAUCCCGCCUUUUUCCAGUUCCUGAUCUGUUUCAACUUGUCCUAUGAAUUUAGUAUGAAAUGUAUCUUCUCCAAAAGAGCAAAGUCGCACAGAAAAUGUCAGUUUUUUUUAUCACCGGUAGACACGCAGCAUGUUUCUGCGCUACAGCAUUUGCCAUUUGUAUAUAUUGUCUACAUCCUUCCCUGUCCUUUUUUUUUUUUUUUUUUUUUUUUUUUUUUU